AUAAAAAAAUAUAUAUGCCGACCGAAUUUACCGAAGUGGUGUAAAAAAUUUUAAUCAGUAAAUCUGUAAAUAAAUGUUAUUCGAAAAUACUCAUUUAGUUUUGAAAAGUUUCAAAUACUCUGGAUAAAAAUUUACAAUACAUUAGUACUCUUUACUUCAAUAAUAAUAAAAAUCUUUCAAGCUAUUCAGCGUAUCGAUCGCAAAUAUGAUUCCGAACGAGAUUUUCGCUGAAGAUAUAAUGAGUACUGUAAUCCGCUAUGGAUUGUAUAUUGGCGCAGCAUUCCAAUUAGUCUGCCUACUGGCUUGUGUGACCUUAACUGAUGAACAAAGCGAGCCACAUCCUUACGAAAAGUCCUACACCGACAGUGAUGAAUGUAGUUCCGAACAGUCUUCACCGGGUCACCGUGCAACCAUGUCCAGAUCCCGGAGACACGAGAAAAAAAAACGCCGCUAGCUCAGGCACAGAAUGUGGAAGAGAAGAGUGGGAUAAUAUGGAAAAAAGGUUUUUGAGAAAAUAGUAGCCGAUUAGGCUAGGACUGCAAUUGUAAGAGAUAAACAUGUUUAUUAAAUAAAAGAAAAUGUAGAUACUCAUUAAAUGUAGGUAUAUUUUAAAAAUGUAGAUAUUGAGUAGAUUU